AUGAAACUCCUGCUACUUCUGGCUCUUCUCUUUUGGACAGUUUCGGCAUUUCAUCUGAGGACUGAAAUGUCCAACGUUGAGAACCCCUUGGGAGAUGACAACCUGCCUCAGGUUGGGGAGAUGCCAGAACAUGAGGCAAAGGAGGCCCCUUUGGAGGAGCUGAUGCUGCUGGAGAAAGAGGAAGAGAAGGGCUCUGGAAGUGAAGAUGCCCCAAGGGAAGAGGGGACUGUUGAGUCCAUCUCAGCCUUGGAGGAGGUGGGCAAGGACAUUCAGUGCCCCAAGGAAGAAGACACAGUAAAACUGGAGGGCAUCUCUGGGUGCAAAACCUGUCGCUUCCUCCUGCUUACUUGCCAGAGAUGCUACCAUGGAAGACUCAUCUCCAUCCAUGACUUCGGACUUAAUAACCAGAUCCAGUGCCAAGCUGGAGGGGUCAAUGGGGGCCAAGUCUGGAUUGGAGGCCAGGUCACAGGGUUUGUGCAUACGCUGUCACUGGAUUGA